UGUUCAUAAACAACUGUCAUAACUCGCUUCAACUUUCAACCGAAUAUCUGAGCCGCAAACUGAUUGUGGAAUAAAUUUUUCUUAAUGUGCAUUUAUUAGUUGUAUAUUAUAAACAGUGAAUUGCUAACGAUAUUGCAUAUAUAUCACACUAGAAAACUAUGACAUAGCAGUCUGUUGGAGCUUCUGUAUUUAGGUUAUGUUUUUGCCGCUACCGCCAAACAUCUAAACUGCAUUGAAUAUUCCCGAUAAAUCCUCAUCAUGAGUCAACUGGAGCGGUCGCUGCUCCUGCUGGACGAAUCGGUCGUCAAGUCAAAGCGUGGUCUGCUCAGAUCGAAGGAUCGAGUCGACUUCCGCAGCUCGCAGCAACAAUCUUUCGGCGAUGAAACCACCGCAAUGGACUUCGAGCUGUCGCUCACGGUUGGACCACAAGAGAUGAGAAGUUUUCUGCUGGACAGUCAACAGCAGCUCGGGAAUUUGUCCGCGAGUCGGCUGAGCUUUGCGGGAAGUCAAAUGAGUGCCACUGGGGCUAAUGUGAGAAAUCAGGUCGAUGAUUUAUUCGGUCAGUUUUUGGAGGUGCUUCAGAGAAGAUCCAGCGAGGCGGAGGUGUUCGAGACGGUUGAGGAUCUGAUUGAGACCCUGGAUGAUGCGCUGAAUGGGAUCGAGAAGGUUACCUCGCAGGCAGCGCUCGGUAGGGAGAGAAAAAUGAUGGCCGGGGAGUCCUGGUUGAACGUGGAACGUGACACCUGGAAGUUGCUUUUCGCGCUGUAUAAGGAUCGGAUGGUGUUCCAGCAGGAGACUAUGGAGAUGGACGAUUUGCUGUUGAUCAACAGUGAGCGAACUAUCGUGGAGCAUCUUUACGCGGCCAAUGCAAAUCUGAGAGAGUAUCAGCUGAUUGUGGAUUGGUUGGAGCAAACGGCACUGGAGCAAAACAGGGUGCAGAUAGGACACUUCACCGACCGGACAAUUGCCUGGGAAAAUACCUUGCACCAGCUGCAGAAUGUCGGACUUACCGCUUUCGGAGGAACGCGGGAAAUCGUCAAGAGUUUGGAUCCGGAUGCGCCGGCUCGUGAGCGACGUCCACUGCACGAUCUGGAUGUCGAAGAUCAGGCCCGUUUGUCGCGACAAAUUUUCCAAGAACUUCGAUUCGGCCGAAUCGAGGAGGCCCAGAAUCUUUGCGAACACUGUGGGCAACCGUGGAGGGCGGCGAUUCUCGAGGGUUGGCGAUUGCACCAUGAUCCCAACUAUGAACCAAUUGCGUCAACGUCGGGUAGUGCCCUAGCGCCGAAUAUGAAACAAUCGAUCGAGGGUAAUCCGAGGAGGGAUUUGUGGAAAAAGUUCGCUUGGAAGAUGGCGGAGAAUCGGAACGUCGAUGAGUACACUCGGGCAACGAUUGGGGUCCUGUGUGGACAUUUGGACACCAUCCUGGGUGUGCUAGGGGAGCACAGUUGGACGGAUGUGUUAUGGGGUUAUUUGAAGGUUCAAAUCGAUAUACGAGUGGAGAGUGAAAUCCGUUCGCACUGCGUUAAAAGCUACCUGCCGAUGCCGGAAAAGUACUGGAACAGCAAAAUGUCACUGGAGCAGAUUUUCGAAGAGUUGGAAGCGCACAAAAAUGUCCGCAUAAAGACAACCGCCAAGGAUGUGGACCGUGUUAUCCAGAAGUAUAUCAUUCUGGAUGAUAUCCCAGAGUUGAUGCGUCAAAUAGAUGAUUGGCUGGCCGAUGGUUCGUUCCUGUUGACUGCCCAAAUGUUGCGAUUUCUGACGCACUUGGUACUCUUCAUGCGACAGAUUGGGAAGCAGUGCCAGGAGGAUAUCGGCGAUAAGGUUAUCAAGCGAUACGUUGAGUGUUUGAUCAAGCACGGAGAUCCUCAACUGGUGGCGUUCUAUUCGGCGGCACUUCCUGCAGACAUGCAGCUGUUGAUGUUUUCCAACUACUUGGAAACCCUCAGCGAGACGCAGGCGAGGAAGCGAGCUCUUGAAGAGGCGUACAACUUUGGCCUGGAUGUUCCAGCAAUCACAGUCUACACGGUGGAGAAGAUAAGGAAUCGUGAGGAGGAGACUGACGAAAAACCUCAGGAAGGUGACAUAACUCCGUUGGAUCAUGCGAAAAUUUCCUCGUUGGAGUGGCUAGUCUUCUAUCCGGAUCAGCGGGGCGAACUGCUAUGGCAAACCAACGCACUAAUCAGGGCUUACCUCGCGAAACGUAAUGUCGAAGCUGCCCGCAAGGCGUUCGCUAUGGUUCCAGUGGACACAAUCCAGCAGAUUAUCAACAACUACGGUUCGAAGGAUGAUCUCCCCCAAAAGGAGGAGGUCAGCAUCAAGGAGUACCUCUGCCAUCAAACGUAUUUGGCUGCCAUCGAUGGUUACAACGAUUGGGUUGAGUAUUACUACAAUAUGAAACCAAAGCCACCGCAGGUGGUUAAAUCAAGCAAUUUUACGGAGAGAGUUGCCUCGGAUCAUCGGGAGCAAAGCUACCGGAUGGAUCUGGAGCGGUGGCAUUCCCAGCUGCAGGAGCAAACCACGGUAACGAGAGAUCUGCUGUACAACAUUUUGCUCUUUCCCGAGAAGGGCUGGCUGGUUGAUCCGGAACUCGUCACUCCUCCAGAGGAGGAAUCGGAAUGGCACAAUCGUGCGGUUCAGAUGGAAAAUCUUAGAAAAUUGUGCAUUCCGGAUGUUGUCCUGCUGUUGCACCAGAUUUUUACACUUUCCGAGAGAUACAGCGAAAGCCUGCAGCUGGCCGAUACUAUUAGCUCAGAGGAACGGCAACUGUACGCAGUUUAUUCGAAGCACAAGCUGGCGGAAGUUAUGACAAAGAUCGCCGAGUCGUCACUGGCACUGAUGAACGAGAAACAUGAUCCUUUUGUGGGGAAUGAAGCGAAAAAAUAAAUAACAAUGGUACGGUGAAAAUGUCUGCUUCAGUUUUGAAUAAAUGAUGAUGUUUGUUGAGAAAA